GGAAAAACCUGUAUUUUGAAGCGCCUCCAAAGUAACCGUUCGUGGAGCUGAGUCACCACAACGAGUCUUUUCUAGAUAAUCAGCUGAACGCUGGUCGAAGGCAAAAUGAACCUGCGGUCAACUACUCGCCUGUCUAUAUGGGUUGCAUUGUUGUUGGUGGUCUCGUUCAGUAGGGCUCUCUCCAGGACCGUUCUUGCAGGAACCCACGCCAGUACUGGAAAUGCAACAGGUGUUGCUGAGUCGUGUAUGGCACGAGUUCUUCAUCUUCUACCAUCUACAGCUCUUCGUCUUAGCAUCCAGGACACAGAGACACUACUUGAAAUAAUUGGCCUACGUCAACCCAUUGAUCAGCUUAACUACGCCAACGCUGACACCACAUCCCUAUCAGCUUUGCUAGGUGGACGGCAGAAUGCUGAAAUGCUGGUACAGUGUCUGAGUGGGCAGCUCGAGCAAUGUCGCCAAAGUCCCCCGUGCAGCAAUGCAGGAAAAUGCAUUUUCAGCGGUUCUCGACAAGGGAGAGGCUCGUCGUACAUUUGCAACUGCAAUGAUGGUCAUUCUGGAACGUAUUGUCAGACCGUUCUACCAUCUUGCGCUGGAAAUCCAUGUCAGAAUGGGGCAACAUGUCAACAAAGAGGGUCAUCAUUCCAUUGUCACUGUCCUCCACUGUAUACUGGACACCAUUGUGAAAAAAAGUGGCUGGAUGCAAGAACGUUCCGAAAGUACGCAAACACAGUGCAUCAAAUCAGUGAUCAGAUGAAGAACCUGGAGCGAGGGAUGGACGCAGCGAGACAUGACGACGUCAGUCGGAUCGAAACCUUUCUCCAGAGACUUGAGCAAAAAGUCAUGACUAAGUUCAAUUCCACUUUGACUCAGCUCUCAUCUGAAGUUGUAGCACCGAAUCACCGCCUGGAUGAAGGCCACGGAAAUCAAGAAGCAAAUGCGUCGUGUGAACGUACUAACCACGGGCGAUCAGGAUUGUUCACUGGUACAAAAACGACUACGACAUACACUGCAUACUGUGAUCGAGAGGCUGAUGGAGGUGGCUGGACUGUAUUUCAGAGAAGAAAAGACGGCUCAGUGGACUUUUACCGUGACUGGAAUGCAUACAAACGAGGAUUCGGAUCAGCUUCUGGAGAGUUCUGGCUGGGUCUAGAUACACUACACUAUCUGACGUCCCAAGCUGGUAGUACUUAUGAACUGCGUAUUGAUAUGGUGUUCAAUAAAACUGGAGUGAAGCAUUAUGCCAAGUGGUCAACAUUCCGUGUUGAAGGUGAAGCUGACAAUUACAGACUACACGUUUCAGGAUUCUCAAGCCCUACAUUGCAAGACAGGAUGAAUUACCACAAUGGACAACAGUUCAGUACUCGAGACCGUGACCACGACUCUAACUCUGGAGACUGUUCCAAUGCAUUCAAGGGUGGUUGGUGGUAUAACAACUGUCACAAAAUCAAUGUCAAUGGAUUGUAUGGACGUCGUGAUAGAGACGGAACUGGUGUAGUGUACGUGCAUAACGGGAACAAGAGUUUGAAGUUUGUGGAAAUGAAGCUAAGAAAGCGUGGAUAAAACCCAAGGCACUACUAGAUUCAUUCCACACACUGCGCUCAUUUGCAUCCAAAUGCAACAUACUGCACGUCUUAACUAGUUUCCUCUUUUCAUUAUGUCUUUAGAAAUGUUUAGACCUCUUUCCAAGCUUACAAUUUCUUUGCAGAGAGGCAGCAUGCCAUUCGAUUCUCAGUCGCGAGAUUCUACAAACCAUCGAUGCUUUGUUUAACAUAAUAUUACUGCACACAUUCACUAAGUGAGUGUUUGCCAUUUAAUGGGCAUUGCUCCAGUUCCUUCGCCACCAUGAAACACAUUGAUCUUCUUGGAGCGCUUUCGUUUUAUACUUUUUAUUAGCGAGCCAUCGUGGUUUCAAGAAUACGAUCACUCUUUGUAAUGAAUGGUACUUUCCCUCUCUACUACAGCCACCCGCAUUCUCUCACUAACUCUCACUAACUCUCACUAAAGACCUGAACGUCAUUAACCGUCAAGCGCUAUCCACUUCAACUGUUUUUGUUUUACGUGACUAAUUGCUUAAACCAAACACACAGUAGAAUGACUCGCGAGCAAAAGCUGACGUUCAAUUGAGGGGUAGACACACUAUCAAAAAUGUCUGUGAUAUGCACGGUAGGUAAGAACUGUUUCCUGGUGCCUCUAUAUCUUUUAUUUUGAACUAUGUGUGGCUCCUCCGUUCUUA